GAGUGCGUUUGAUUGUUGCAGAGCUCAAUGGCGGACAGAGUAGGAUAGUCGUUUAGCACCGAGGACAAUAACAUCGACACUAUCUAAAUUCCUGGCGUGACUCGGUCCGCCGCCCCGUGCUCCCGGGUGCGCCCUCUAAAAGGAAACCUCUCUGCAGACUGAAAAACAAAGUCGCCGCAGCUUUUUUCCCCCCUCGCCCUGCUUUAUCUUCCUCCUUUCUUGAGUUCCAUCCCGAGCUAAGAAGUUACACUGUUCAUGGUGGCUCUCUGAGGCAGCUAGCUAGCGAGCAAACCAUGGGGGACUCUCUCGAACUGAUAGGGAAGCGUCUGCUUUUGCUCCUCGACGACGGCAGGUCCGCGAAUGGAUCCGAGGCUGACCAGGCUGCACUGGCUCGGGACUGGCUCCGGGGAACGGUGCGGGCGGUCAGCGUAAUUGGUCUGGCCGCCCCGGAGGUUAGCGGAGGAGAGGCGACAACAACAACCGCCGCUGCAGGGCUCACGGUGUUUGUAGAGUUUGAGAAUGCCUCGCAGCGAUGUUCAUGGGUGCAGGUAUAUGGAGAGGGGGUGAAAGCUGUGCUGGUGGAAGACACCAUUGUGUGGGCCAAUCGACGUGAUGUCACUGGAACUCCUGGAUCCCCAACAUCAGUUGCACCGUGGCCAGCCCUGGCCUUCCGCUCACUUGUGGACAGAGUGGGUUUAGGAGCGUUGGUUCCAGUGGAAUACUUUGGAAGCAAGAAUUUUGAAUUGCUGCCUGAUAACAAAUCAGUCCAGAGGUUUGAGGUUGAUAAAGAUAUAAGACACCCAUUGCUGUUGGAGCAGCCCUCCCUGCAGGCUGCCAUCUCCAGCUGGUGCAGUGACUUUGAACUACAGGAGAUCUUUAGGAAGGGAUCAUACACUAUUCAAGGACGCAGGGUUCGGGUGUACCAGCCAGAAUUUGAAGAGUGUUGGGCCUUAGGACUUGUCUCACAACACGACCCCAUCUCACACAUUAUGGAGAUUACCAUGGAUAAGGGAGAAGAAAAUCAAAUGGUAGAUCCCAGGGUGAUGCAUGUAAUGCUUGCAGAAGAGGAGCUCGGUAAAAAUGGGCGUCGUAGGAAGGACAGUGAAACAGUCAAGGGUGAUGGUGUACGCAGACGUAGGACUGCCUCCGAAGGUGAGGAUGACUUGAACUUAAAACGUUUUAAAGGAGCUGGAGACAUAGGAGCUGAUGGGCAAAACUGCGGAGAUUCCAACAAAACCCCAGCAGAAGGAAUGGGAAUAUGGGGAGGAGAUUCAAGUGAGAGAGUAAGCAGCACAACCAAAAACGGAGGCCCUUCAGAUGGACCUUUUCCUCAGGGCAGAGUGUCGUCCCCCAACAUCACUUCCUCACUCCAGAUGGACCAGUCGAAUGCCACUCUUCGUUAUCCUGCCCACGUCAAAGAAAAUGGUCGUUCACUCAGCACACAAGGGGCUGCGGACUCCACAUCCACCAUUACUCACACCCCCACCCCUCCUCCCCUCAAACCAGCCCCCUCCCCCUUCUCCACUACUUCAUUUCCCUCUCUAGGCCAGAUGCCAAGCCUGGUCCCUGGUGCACCAGCCCCCAAGGCCUCCCCAUCACCACAGCCAGAGAGAGAGGAGGCCUCCCAGUCAGCUUAUUCUAAAACGGCUGCUCUUGUUUCACCUGGGCCUGUCACCAUUUCUUGGUCUUCACAUGACAGUGGCCCUAGUGUGGCCCUUUCUGCUUCUGUGGGUUUCACUCCUAAAGCUCCUGCCUGGGGAAACCAGACUGAGAGCAACAAGGCAGGAUCAAGUUUUCGUGUGCCACCAGCAGUGUCAGCUGCUUCUGUAUUUGGAGACGUUAACCCUCAAACUAACGGAGCACUUACCACUACCACAGCUUCCCAGGACACUUCCAGGCCCUUUGGCUUUGGCUUUGGGGGAGCAAAAAAUGAAACCCAAUCCCAGCAAGACCAAAAUUUGUUUUUCCAAUGCAUGACCCAGAAUUCUGGCUCCAGCCCAAGCCUAGCUGCUGCUCAGGCCCAACCCAAGGACACCAAUUACUUCACUGCAGUGUCUGAGAGCCUGAGUAAAGAGCCCCCAAGCCUGUUCAAGCCUGCGGCUUCUGUGGAAGGGCUGAAAAAGUCAGAGCAGCCCAAAGUGCCUGAGACCCAUACAACAGGAAAUGGUGUGCUCAACAAAUCAUCAUUGGCCUUUCAGGGCAUAGCUGUCUCGUCAGGGGUCCGAGGCUCUGGCCUUGCCGUUGGUGGUCUGGCUGCAGCCACUGGAGCCCAGAGUACAUCUAAGAGAAACAGCAAUAAUGGAACUGCAGGAGGCCUAGGACUACAAUCUGGCUUUAACACUUCAGAUAACCACCAGAACCUUUUUCUUCAGGCCUCCAAAGAGCCUACCAAUCCAUUUCUGGCAUAUGGGGAGAAAACUCCCCAUACAUCCUUUGCUGGCCUCUCUGGGACUGAGCCACAGACCUUGGCUUCUGUCUCAGACAGCAAGCCAAACCUCUUCACAAUGGCAGAACCACCUAAAGGCAUUCUGUCCUCCACUUUCCCAGCACUCUCCACAGCUACUUCACCCAGCUCUUCUUCCUCUCCAGCACCAGCCUCAUCACAGAGGUCACAGAAUGAAGGGACUGUGAAAAGGGAGGAGCAGGAUAUUCAGGAGAUGCCUACAUCCACUGCAGGCUGUCCCAUGUUUGCAAGUACUGGCACAGGUGGCAUGGAAGAUGUGCCUGUACCCUUUGAUCAGAGUCCAUCUCAAAAGUUUAGCUUGGAGGAAAGAGGCCAGUCAUCUAAACGCGACUCAGAAUCCAGCAGCAACAGUGAUUUGUCAGACCUGAGUGAGAAUGAGGAUGGUCCAGAGAAAGGGCCAGUCCCCGGAGGACCACCACUUCCUUCCAAGGAUGCGGCCAUGCUUCAGAAAGUUAAAGCACAGGGUGCUCCCAAGAGCCGUCCUCGUAACAAGCCUUUCAAAGUGGGCCAAUCGGUGCUUAAAGAUCAGAGCAAGGUGCGUCGUCUGAAACAGUCUGGGGAGUCUUUUCUCCAGGAUGGCUCCUGUAUUAAUGUGGCUCCACACUUGCACAAGUGCCGGGAGUGCCGCCUGGAACGAUACCGUAAAUACCGAAAUACAGAUGAAGAAAGUGAUGAAGAUGAUGAUCCUAAUGUGGCUUGUCGUUUCUUCCACUUCCGAAGAUUGGCCUUCACUCGUAAAGGUGUGCUGCGUGUAGAAGGUUUCUUGAGCCCCCAGCAGAGUGAUUCCAUGGCCAUGGGCUUGUGGUUACCUGCACCAACUGUCCAAGAGGGUCUUGAUCUUGACACGUCAAAGUACAUCUUGGCCAACGUUGGAGACCAGUUCUGUCAGCUGGUCAUGUCAGAGAAGGAGGCCAUGAUGAUGGUGGAACCGCAUCAAAAAGUGGCAUGGAAACGUGCAGUACGAGGUGUCAGAGAAAUGUGUGAUGUUUGUGAGACUACUUUGUUCAACAUCCACUGGGUGUGUCGCAAGUGUGGCUUUGGAGUGUGUCUAGACUGCUAUCGACUUCGCAGGAACAGACCAAGAGAGGAUGUAGAUGAAGGUCCAGAAGAUGAGGUUUUUUCUUGGUUAAAGUGUGCUAAAGGCCAGCCUCAUGAGCCUCAGAACCUCAUGCCUACACAGAUUAUACCUGGGACAGCUCUUUACAACAUAGGUGACAUGGUGCACUCAGCAAGAGGCAAGUGGGGUAUUAAGGCCAACUGUCCCUGUACCAGUCGCAAUACCAAGACCCUAGUGCGCCCUAAUGCCCCCAAUGGGAUUUCACAGCAGUCUACAACAAACAGUGGUGGUGGCCUUGGGGCAGCAGCGUCUGGUGUUGGCACUACUCCAAAACCAGACGGUGAAACAUCAGCUAUCAAAACAGAGACGACACAAACACCAGUCUCAUCAGACAGUGGGGGUGGGGAAAGUGUGGGCAGUACUAGUAACUCCACCAGUGGCACAUCCUCCCCGUGUAACCUCACCCAGUCCUCUUCCAAGGAGUCACGCUCAUCAGGAGAGGGCAACAGCUCUGCUCUACAUUGGUUGGCAGACUUGGCUACUCAGAAAGCCAAGGAUGACACCAAGGAGUCCGGUUCACUCCGCUCCAUGAUGAGUCGAGACAGUCGGCCUCCCUUUGGGCUGGACUCCCUUGGUGCCCUGUCAAAGCCUUCUGCUUCCAGUCCUAAGCUAUUUAAUAGCUUGUUAUUGGGCUCCAGCACUGCUCAGUCCAAACCUGAGGGCUCCAGUUUGCGAGACCUGCUCAACUCUGGACCAGGAAAGCUACCACAGGGCCCAGGAGAGAGUGGAGUACCAUUCCCAUCUGUUUUUACCUCAGCAGGCAGUGAUAAGCUGAAGAGCAGCCUCCCUAACUUCCUGGAUCACAUCAUUGCCUCUGUUGUGGAGACCAAGAAGGCAGAGGGCCGUCGGACCGGGGCCUCUGAGGGCGGGGAGCUCAGUGUAUUAGGUGGACGCAAGGAUGGAGUAAUUGGUCUUAGUGUUUUGGAACCACAUACCUCACACUCCUGGCUCUGUGAUGGCCGACUCCUUUGCCUGCAGGACCCUAGCAACAGCAACAACUGGAAGAUCUUCAGAGAAUGUUGGAAACAGGGUCAACCGGUGUUGGUAUCAGGGAUCCAUAAGCGCCUGAAAUCUAACUUGUGGCGGCCUGAGGCUUUCAGUGAGGAGUUUGGGGGCCAGGAUGUAGACUUGGUCAACUGUAGAAACUGUGCUAUCAUUUCUGAUGUGAAGGUGCGAGACUUCUGGGACGGCUUCCAGGUCAUUAACAAACGACUUCAAGAUAAUGAUGGCCAACCUAUGGUGUUGAAAUUAAAGGACUGGCCUCCGGGAGAGGACUUCAGGGACAUGAUGCCCACACGAUUUGAUGAUUUGAUGGAAAACCUCCCCUUGCCCGAGUACACAAAAAGAGAUGGCCGUCUAAACCUUGCUGCCCGUCUGCCAAACUUUUUUGUUCGGCCCGACCUUGGACCCAAAAUGUACAAUGCCUAUGGGUUGACUUCAAGUGAAGACAGGAAAGUGGGGACUACCAAUCUCCAUCUGGAUGUGUCUGAUGCUGUUAACGUCAUGGUCUAUGUUGGCAUCCCUUGUGGAGGUGAAGGUGGAGAUGAGGAGCAAGAGGCAGAUAUCUCUGGACGCCAAGAGGUCAUGACCACCAUUGAAGAGGGCGAUGUAGAUGAAAUGACUAAGAGGAGGGUGUAUGAGGGAAAGGAGAAACCUGGAGCUCUCUGGCACAUCUAUGCUGCCAAGGACGCAGAGAAGAUCAGAGAACUGCUCCGCAAGGUGGGAGAGGAACAAGGUCAAGAAAACCCACCAGAUCAUGACCCCAUUCAUGACCAGAGCUGGUACCUGGACCAGGUGCUCCGCCGCAGACUUUAUGAAGAAUAUGGAGUCCAGGGCUGGGCCAUUGUACAGUUCUUAGGGGAUGCUGUCUUUAUCCCUGCUGGAGCUCCACACCAGGUUCACAACCUUUACAGUUGUAUCAAAGUGGCCGAAGACUUUGUAUCUCCUGAACACGUGAGACACUGUUUCAGACUGACACAGGAGUUCAGACAUCUGUCCACUACCCACACAAACCACGAAGACAAAUUACAGGUGAAGAACAUCAUCUAUCAUGCAGUGAAGGAUGCUGUUGGGACACUGAAAUCCCACGAGCCUAAACUAGCACGCCCUUAGUUCCUCUCACUUAAUGCUGUCCCGAAACAACCAGCCUCUCAAGACCACUCCUCUAUGAACACAGUAUACAGUACAUUGCAUACCUACUUACACAUGUACAUGCUGCAGAGUGCAGCGUACAGGCAUAGAAUGUAGGUUUAUUGGGGGGUGGGGGGCUGUGAAGGUCGGGGUUUGAAUAAACAGAAUAUUGGAUUUGGGGAGGGAUUAGACAGCGUAGGGCUUGUCAGUUCUUCGAUGAAGGAAGUCCUUUACCGCUGUUACACAGUACGCUCAUAUUUGUCUAGUUGUUUUCCAAUUUUUUUUUUUUUUUGAAUAACUCUGUAUUUAAGGUCAGUGUGUUUGUUCUGUUGUUAUCAUUGUGUGUGUAAGAUGUGAGAGUAAGGGAGGUAAAAGCUGACGUGCCUUCAGAGCAAAUGUUCAGCUACCAUAUAAGCGACUGGCAAAAUGUGAGUACUGGACUAACUUUUCCUAUUUUGAUGAGGUUGAUAUUAUGUUCUUCAAUAGGAGCAAGGUUAACCUGUUUCUGUAGAUUUUUCCUGUUGAGUUUUUAAACAGUUGAUUGCUUCUGCCCUCUAUGGCUGAAAUGAAUUUGAGAAACAGCCAGUGAAGGGAAGCAGACCAAAGUUUUGUACUUUUAGUUUUCUUAUUUCACUUUUAGAGUUGAUGUCCUUUCUUUUUAUACACCAGAAAGUAAUGAUGAGAAGGACUACAGAGAGGGCAGUCGCUUUGUGUCACGGGUUAAAAAUCACCCAUUUGUCCCAUAGGCUGAAGGAACUACAGACUUCCAACAACGUUGUUCAAGAAUCACAAUUGCAGCUGAACAGAACUACUGGCCAUUAACAUUGUAUCAAUAUAUAUAUUGAUCUUAGCAGUCUGUUUGAUUUUUCACAAUAAAGUUUACAAAAACAA